CCCAGACUGUGAGGAGGAAUGCUGAUAGCCUUGGCUUUACUGAGAGACAGUGAUAGCUUUUGGGGAUUUCACUACUGACAUUAACAUGUGGAUGAUCAAUAAUGAUUGAGGCAGGAGGAUUUUUAUGCACAUUGCAUAUUGAAUAUCAUCUUUUCCCAACAAUUAGCAAUGUGAAUGAGCAACAAUGACAAAAUACUCCUGUUGUGAUCAACAGAACUGUCCACACCAGACGUUGGAGGCAGAGCACUGUUUUGAAGAGUGCCUCAUUUCUAUUUUUGUCACAACAUGCUGACGUUUCUCCUCAAACACUGCAGUGAAGAUGCGGUCAAACUAGACGGACAUAUACUCUUAACCUUUGGCCUGAGUUGUUCUUUCUACCUCACUGAGUCUGUUGGUGUAGAUUGCAAUAGAAUGUUUGCCAGCACAAAUCUAUAUGUCCACAACCUUCAGGCUCAAAGCAAACAGGUUACGUUACUAUGUUUCUCAAUGGUCCUGUUAGCUGAAUCAUUGAGCCCUUAGACUAAAAAACUGACCAAAGUCCAGCACACUGAGCUUUGGCAUGAGUACCAAUGGAAGACAGCCUGCCUGAAGGACCAUUUGGUAAAAAUGAUGAGAUCUGCUGUUUUUUCUCUGCUGCUGCUUGUGUGUCUUUUAGAGGACAGUAUCGGGGAGACCGAUGAUUUGUCCAGUUCAUUUAUCCAACUGGACAUCUCUGGAGAACUGAAGAGUCUGAAAGACCUGGUUAAUCAGCAAGCAGCUGUGAUAGAAGAGCUGAGGAAAGAGAAUGCAGCACAAGCAAGUGAGCUGUCAGCCUUGAAGAAAGAGGUGGACAAACUAAAGAACGAAAGUGCAGAUAGACCAAAAGUGGCUUUCUCUGCUGGUUUAGGCCCACCUGCUGAACAGAAAGGCCCAUUCAGUGCUGACACUAACCUGAUCUACAGUAAAGUCCUAACAAACAUUGGAGGUGCCUAUAACCCAUAUACAGGUGCCUUCACAGCUCCAAUCACGGGGGUCUACUAUAUUCGAUUUACAGCCAGCUCCUAUGGCAGCACCAGCAACAACAUGGGACUGAAUCUGUACAAAAAUGGGCAGUAUCUGCUGCAUUUGGGUGAAAAUGGAGUCGAUGGCAUAGCUAAGCAUGUGUCGAGUGGAAUCACUCUGGAGCUGGCGGCAGGAGAUGUGGUGUACACCCGCCUCCCAGCAAACUACGUGGUCUGGGGUGGCACAGACCUCCGCACUACUUUCAGUGGCUUCCUCAUCUUCCUCUUGUAAAAGUCAAAAGGGACAAGUGCUAAAAUGACUGGGAGGUUUGAUGUUCUUUGCGAUGAAAAUCUGACUCUUUUACUCAAGAAAGAGCUUGAAAUUCCCCAAAGUCCUUAUGUCAGUGACUUAGCUUACUAAUCCGGUUACAAUUAAUAACACUGCAGAAUCAAAUCAUACAAUUCUUAUAAUGGGUUUGUACGGUGCACCCAUCCCCCAGGCUCCGAUGACAGCCGCAAGAGCCGGCGGGAAGGUGGGGCCAGAAUCCCGAACACUGGUGAGGGACACAGUGACGGCGGGAGGAGGAUGUCGUCCACCAGAGAGGGAAUGAUGAUGAUGAUGACGGCCAAGAGAAGGAACGAGAGCUUGUUGCUCCGCCUACCUGUCACCUUCUCCACUCCGCAGCUCGGCCGCCCGGUCGAACAGGGAAAUUAAUGUGGCCCUGCUGCAGAACCGGAGGCACCACCCAGGAGGCGGGGCUCGGGACUCACGUGCCACCCCCCCGCACGCUUGCGGUUCUCUUCUCUGCGCUGUCCUCGCGGGGCUUCAUCCUCACUCGGAGUUCGGCUUCCUGCCAGCUCUUGAGUCGUCAUCAGGGCCCGGGGGAUGGGUGCAUGCCACAAGGUUGUAAGCUCAAUCACAACUAAUGGUUUGUUGUAAAUACCUAACAACCAACUAGAUUGUAUUUUAGUUUGUAGUAAAUCUCCAAGUGGGUCUCAAAUGUAAAAUUACAAUUUUUAAAACUAUCACUACUCACUGAAAAUUCCUUGGUUAGAGAGUAACAAAACAGAAGUACUCCUCUACUGUAGAACCACUUCUAAUACAGGAACUUCAUUAUUUACUUGACUGAAGAUGAAUGUUUAUUUCACUACAGUGCUGAAAAACCAUCAAUUGCAGACUUUUAAUAUGUUAUGCUUAUGUAAAUAAAUGUCAGUGCAGUUGUAGACAUUUCAAAAUGUGAGUAAAAUGACAGAUAUUGGGACUUUAGUAUAAAGAAAGAAGUAAGAACCUUAAUGUAAACACAGGGGACUUGCUUUAUCAGACAAUUGAACAAGUUCUUUCUUUUUUCAGUUGAAGAAUUUGUGUUUCUUGCAUGUCCAAAAUGACACAGUCUAAAUAAAACUACAGACAACACUAAAUCGAUAAGUCAAAAUCUA